UCAGUGAGGUUAUUCGGCUUCACAGUCAGCAGUCGUUGAUGUGGAUGCGGGGAGCUGUUCCCCAGGCCGAGAAAGCUGGAGCUGGACCGAGGGACAACAGGCCAAUCAUGGCAGGGGGCAGUCCACUGAAAAAUGUCAAGCCCAUGCCCCUGCCACCCACUGAAAAUAUGCAACUGGCUACUACUGGAUAACGAAGGCCUGUCAGCCUGAGGUGCCCCAUCUGCAGACCUCUACUGUAGGGUUACGGUUACGGUAUCUGGAGUGUUGAUUGUGUGACGGCGUUAGAUAACAGGGGGCGCACGAGGCCAGAACGACGUGGCUUGCUUGCUCGCGUGUGUGAACGAGAUUCUAUGAGCCAUUUGCGUGCUCACUCACAAUACUCUCAUACCAUAUCAGAGAAAAUCACGCAAAGUCCGGGGAACCCCUCACUCACCUCAGGAAUUCCAUAGAAAAAGCCGCACCCCUAGAGAAAGGAAUAGAGACAAUUUUUAUGUAAGUUUGGAGAAGAAGGAUAUACAUUUUCAACUGUCUUGACCAUUCUGUGCUUGUGUUGUGCUGGCCAUAUCUUACGCGAGUUUUAUGACGAUGGCAUUCUCUAACCUGCAUAACAAGGCACUUGUUGCACCACAACUCCAACACCAACACAAUCCAGACCUUCUCCACCACCAAAUCUACUCCCUAUGCAAUCCCGCCUACACAGAAGCUUCGUUUGUUUCAUGCCACUCCGACGCCUUUCAUACGACGGUGAGGAGGCUGUCGACCGAGAGUUACGACCCGCACGAGGCAUAUGUUGACAACUGGCUCCUCAAGACCAUGGAUAUUGAUGCAGGCCCGGUCGCUCUACAGAGAUCAGGCUCGCACCAGUCAAACGCGUCUGCGAAGAGUACGCGAUCGCAGACCGUUCGAGUAAAGCCUCGAAAGUAUGCUUCUUACAUGUCGAGCAGCGCAUCGUCGAUUUCCGACAAGUCGUUGACUUCGUUCCCCUCCUUCUCUCCUGAAUCACCCAAAGACCGACCGCUGAUCCCUCGAUCUGUUGGCGGUGCUGCAAAUGGUGUGCGCAAGGCAUCUGAAUCAGCUCCUUCGAUCGUAGAAAGCCUGACAGCUGCAUCUGCGCAGCAGAAUCGCUCUGCGUUGUUCGACGAUACGCCACUUACCACCAGCUCGGUGCCAGGAUCGAUACACCUCGCGAAUGAUGACCAUAUCGAGAGACUGAUUGCGCGGAAUGGGGCUGUCAGUUUUGUCAGGCAGAUAGCAGAGGAUUUAGCACAACGAGAUGCGCAGAUAGCUUCACUCAGGAGGAAGGCCGAAAAUAGGGAGAGAGCUUUGAGGAAGAUCAUUCUGGAAUGCGGCCUGUCGAAUCUGGAUCUAGAGACCCGUCUACGUGCUAUCGAGAGCGAGAAGAAGUCACCGACUGAUUCUAUCAACGGGGACAUAAUCGAGGAGGAUGGACUCGCAGAUUUGAUGAGCGAUGCCAUGGGUGGGUCAGUGGCGCAUGGAGAGUUUGGGCCCUUCGAUAACGAUGCAACUAUCCGGGCUGCAGCAAAAUUAAGAGCAUUGGAAGAUAAGCCAGCAACAGUUCAGAGAGGAUGGAAAGACUAUAUAUGGGGAGGUACAAGCCGGAAAACUAGUCGGGCAAGCAGUAUCAAUGGCGAUACCAUCAGCGCUUUGGGAGGGACAGAACGGAGAGAAAGUGUGGUCACAGGUCGGAAGUCUGUCCUACAGAAUGGGUUAUUUCAACCACCUGAGAGUUCUAGAAGCCCAGUACGGAGUCCUAUGCGAAGUCCAAGCCGGGCUUCGAGUCAGCUGUCAACUAAUGUUGCCGCUUCUCAACGAGACCGGAAGCCUUCGUCUGGUUUGGCAACAUUGGCUUUGAAGCUUGUGGCUGGUACGACAAUGACUACCAGAGAUGAUGGAAGCGGGCGAGGAAGGGCAAAUAGUACGGGAACAACACCAACUGGGAGGGCAGCUUCGACUGCAAGUGUAAAGACAACAAUGUCAGCAAGAACGGCUCCAGCGAAACCUGGUCCUAAGGCGAUACCUGGUAAUCGGCGAGCAACAGGCGCCGGAAUGAAAGCGCCCAUGAGACACCAAGAGAGAUGGGAUACGAUGGGCUCAAGUCCACAAAACACCACCCCUAGUAGUGGCGCAGAUAAUUAUGGUCCAGUUGAAAUGGAUACGAUCCUGGAUCCAGACGAUCAACCGCCCACUAUCACUCAAUUUUAUAACAACCCAUACAACCCCGAAUUCCUUACAGAUCGAUUCGGAUUCAUAUAUGAUCAACGCCGCAAGAAGCGGCAGCGAGAAGCUGCAGAAAAGAUGCAGAAGACGAAACGAGGAAGUCGAGUCGAAAUGUUGAGCAGCGCCAGGAGUGGACUAUCUGUCGAUAUUUCAAGUGCUGAUAUGAAUUUUGACGAAGAGCGUCCCGACACUCCUACCUCUACUGAGGAACGACUUGAGGACGGCAAGCCAGCUAAGCGCUGGCAAGACUACUUGAAGAUUGCAACCUUCCCUACAGAACUGCUCUCACAUACACCAUCUGGAGGUGUGCCUGCAUUCGAGGUAAUGGAAGGCGGUGAGGUACCUCGAUCUCCAGGGAUCACAACAGAAGAAAGAGGCUUCUUGCCAUCUGUGACCGCUAUCGCACCGCAGUCUUCGGUAGCAGUCAUCACCGAAAAUGCAACUAUAUCCAAGCCUGAUGUAUCUGAGCCCACUCCUUCAGCAGAAAUUCCACAGGAAGAUACAGAGCCAGUCAAAAUCUUGCUCAAGCAACUUGGAGAGCUUCACGAUUCUCUUCAACAGGCUAAGACGCCGAAAUGGAAUGAUUUCCUCAGAAAGGUCAGGGCUGAACGAAAACGUGAUGGUGAAGCUGCAGCCGCUGCCUUAGCUGCUACAGUGGAUAAAGGCAACCGACCGAUUGCUAUUAUGCCCGAAGCUACCCUGGCAGAUGGUGAAAUGAUCGGUGUAGCUGGUCUCGGGAACAAAGGCAAAGUCGGCCGGGCAAAGUGGAAUGAGUUCAAAGCUCUUGUUCUUGGGGGAAUCCCAGUGGCAUAUAGAGCCAAGAUCUGGGCUGAGUGCUCUGGAGCCGUUGCUUUACGAAUUCCUGGAUACUAUGACGACCUCGUUUCAAAGAAGGAUGAUGACGAUGACCCAGCGAUCGUGGCACAAAUCCAAAUGGAUAUCAAUCGCACGUUGACGGACAACAUCUUCUUCCGAAAGGGUCCUGGGGUUAUCAAGUUGAAUGAAGUUCUAUUGGCGUAUUCUCGCAGAAAUAAAGAGGUUGGGUACUGUCAGGGCAUGAACCUGAUUACAGCAUGUCUGCUACUCAUCAUGCCAACAGCGGAAGACGCAUUCUGGGUAUUGACAAGCAUCAUCGAAAAUAUCCUCCCACGGGGAUACUACGACCACAGUCUCCUCGCCUCCCGAGCUGACCAGCAAGUCCUUCGUCAAUAUGUUUCCGAAAUUCUACCCAAGCUCUCUGCCCACCUCGACGACCUCAAUAUCGAGCUAGAAGCCCUCACAUUCCAAUGGUUCCUCAGCGUCUUCACCGACUGCCUCUCAGCCGAAGCUCUUUUCCGAGUCUGGGACGUAGUCUUCUGCACAAACGACGGAAGCACGUUCCUCUUCCAAGUCGCUCUCGCCCUACUGAAGCUCAACGAGCAACAACUCCUACAGUGUUCCACUCCAGCAUCCACGUACACCUACAUUAACCACCAGAUGACAAACCACGCUAUCAGUAUCGAUGGUUUGAUCCAUGCUUCUGAGGGGUUGAGGAAGGUUGUUAAGAGAGAAGAGGUUGAGUCAAGGAGGGCGAAGGCUAUUGAGGCUGAGAAGGACCUUAUCAAGCAGCGGGAAGAGAGGAAUGUUCUUCGAAGGGCUAAGAGAGUCGCUGCGGCUGCGGCUGAGGCACCUGCGUCCACAUCUAGCGAUUCACCGCCUGAGGUUACGAUGCCGUCUACUCCGUUAAAGCAAACGCAGUUGGAGCUUGGAUCUGAUCAUCUGGGUGAGUUGACGGUCCGGACACCUAUGCCGGUGGAUGAGGAGCGGGAGAUUGGAUUAGGGCUGGGUUGAAUGCUCUAGCACAUAUGAGAGUGAGAAUAGGCAGGGGAUUGGUGACGGGGGAUAUGGCAUGGGGAUUAGAUGAUGGGGGUUUUUAUUAUUUUUCGUGUUAUACUUUUGCAUUUCUGCGGGGUUUGGGAGAAAAGAGAAACCUAUGAUACCCCCUUUUGGUCGUUUGGGUCUGCUUUUGGUGUAUUGUAGAGAGGUGGUGGAGGACUCGGCUCGUUGUUGACGGACAGAUAAGGUUGGAUGGAUGGAUAACGGAAUAAAAUCUUAAAACUGUAUUCUG